AUGCUUGAGCUCGAGCGAGAGAUGGAACGAGAGAACGAGAUGCGUGAGCGAGAGCGUGAGAUGGCUGAUAGGUAUCACCGUGAACAGCAACAUCAACAACAACAGGCCCAGGCACAGCAGCAGCAGCAACAACAGCAACAACAACAACAGCCACACCCGGUUCAAAGUCAUACGGGAUCCAUCCCCAUUCAUCAGCCAGUUGCUUCAAAGGUACCAAGCUCGAUCCACGGACCCAAUGGCCUGCUCUCGAAUCUGGCUACGGCCACUAACGCGCCACAGCCUUCUAUUCAGGCUUCAAACCCACCUUCCAGCCUGUUUGGUAGCUCCAUGCAACACAGCGAGGGGCCACCACGCCAGUAUCUCCAGCCCUCCCAGCCAGUCCUCGCUUUCAACUCCGGCCCUUCUCAGGUUCCGGGCAGUGUGGCUGCUCUAGCACAGGGCCAGCAACCCAUAUUAAACGUAAGUUUGCCCUUACUUUCCACCCCAUUUUUUUUUUCAUACAAAAGAAGCAAGCUCUGCCUGUGUGAAUGGAGCACACACAAUGAAAACGAUGUGUUACCCUCGUCAGCCGUCUAA